AUGGAGAGAACGGAAAAGAAGGCAGCUUUUAAAAUUAGGGUUUAUCUUCUCCCACUUUUCCCCCUUGACUUUGCGAACUGGUUCUCUUUUCUUGACAAAAAAACCAUGAAGAAGAAGCUCCAAACACGUUUUCCAGCGACAAGGAUAAAGAAGAUUAUGCAAAUGGAUGAGGAUGUCGGGAAAAUUGCAAUGGCGGUGCCUCUUCUUUGUGUGCAUGCGUUGAACCUCUUUGAUUUUCUAAGAGAGACUGUUGGUAAAGUUCCUGAUUUGGGUGGCUCAGAAACUGAAGACCGCCCUGCUACCAAAAGAAGGAAAGUUGUCGAUGAAAGUAGUUGCAACGAUGAAGAUAUAAAGACCACUCAAAUGCAUGAGGUCAAACAUAGUGGCGGUAACAGAGGAAGGCGGGGUCGAGGCCUGGGACGGGGAGGUGGAAGAACGGGAACUGGCCUUUCGCUGAAGUUUGAAGACGAGUUAGAAGAUGGUUAUCCCGAAAGCAGCAGGAGCCAGUCUCCGGAAAACGGGAGCCUUUGUCAUGAUGAUGAUGAUGCAUCUUGGAAGAAAGCUGUGGCACACAAGAAGAACUACCACAGUAGCUCAGAGUCAAAAGUAAGGAACUUCGACCUGAAUGUGGAGCUGGAUGAGAACGGAGACUCUGCUACAUCGCUGGAAAGACGGCUAGUGGGAAGAAUCGAUUGGCCGUUGUUUGGUAUCAACGAAAUGAAAACAGAUGAUGAUGAACAAGAUGGUAGUGAUAUGAUAACCCAAGAUAACCGAACAACCGUCGGAUCCACAAGGAAUAAACGUGAGCGUCGUACCGUUCUCAAAAUCAAAACCCCAGAAAGAAAAAGAAAAAAAGCGAAACCUCUCCUCCUCCUCCUCCUCUACUUACCUCUCUCCGUUGUGGUUCUCGCCGGCGGCUUCUCCAAUAAUCUUGUGCCAUUAGUCUCCAAGGAAGUCCCUAAGGCGCUGCUCCCCGUAGCCAAUCGUCCGGUUCUAUCUUACGUUCUCGAUCUGCUCGAGAGUAGUAAUCUCAAGGAUCUGAUCGUCGUUGUUGAAGGAGAAGAUGCCGCUCUUAAAGUUGGUGGAUGGAUAUCUUCUGCUUGUGUUGAUCGUUUACAUGUUGAGGUUGCUGCUGUUGCUGAGAAUGUGGGAACCGCUGGAGCCCUCAGGGCAAUUGCACACCACUUAACUGCUAAAGACAUUUUGAUCGUAAGUGGAGACAUUGUUUCUGAUGUUUCACCUGGCGCUGUCGCUGCCACUCAUAGAAGGCAUGAUGCAUCAGUAACUGCAAUGCUUUGUGCUGAACCUGUCAGUGGGCCAUCAGAAUCGGGUGUGGCUAGUGGGAAAGAUAAAACCAAAAAACCUGCUUGCUACGAUAUCAUAGGGCUUGAUUCCUCAAGGCGGUUCUUGUUACACAUAGCCACAGGGGCUGAGAUUAAGAAAGAUACCCGGUUAAAAAAGAGCAUUCUCUGUGCGGCUGGCAAGAUGGAGAUUCGAUCAGAUCUCAUGGACUCUCAUAUAUAUGCCUUCAAGAGAUCAGUCCUUCAGGAAGUUUUGGAUCAAAAACCUGCUUUUCGGAGCCUAAAACAGGAUGUACUCCCAUAUCUUGUUCGUACGCAGCUGAGAUCAGAUGUCUUCUCGGACGAAAAAACUGUAGAAGAAAAUGGAAACGGAAAUGGAAAGAAUAAUAUGCAGAACAACGAGGUGGUUUUGUCUCAAAUCCUGUCCAAUGCAUCUUUGCCAAGCUUUCAUCAAGUGUACGAAUCAGGACUGAAUAGCCGAAAAACCCAUAAAUGCUGUGUUUAUAUAGCGGAUGAAAGUAAAUAUUGUGUCCGCUUGAAUAGCAUUCAAGCUUUCAUGGACGUAAAUAGAGAUGUUAUUGGUGACGCAAACCACCUAUCUGGAUACUCAUUCUCUGCUCACCACAACAUUGUUCACCCAUCAGCUGAGCUUGGAUCAAAAACCACAGUUGGACCUCAUUGUAUGCUUGGAGAAGGCUCUCAAGUCGGUGAUAAAUGCAGUGUCAAAAGGUCUGUAAUUGGCAGACAUUGCCGGAUAGGCUCCAAUGUGAAGGUGGUUAACUCAGUUGUGAUGGACCAUGCCACAAUUGGAGACGGAUGUUCGAUACAAGGAUCAGUCAUUUGCUGCAACGCACAGCUUCAAGAGCGUGUUGCUCUGAGAGACUGCCAAGUGGAAGCAGGCUAUGUAGUUUGUGCCGGGAGUGAGCACAAGGGAGAGACCUUCGCCAGAAAAUGAUAAAGCUUUUCUUAGUCAUUCGUUCGGUGAACAAAGCAGUGAGGAGAAGAGUGAGAAGGUCUGGAAAGUUCCCCACCAGGGUUUUUGUUGAUUAAGAGUUUGAGAUUUUCCAUUUACUAUUGCUGAUAGGGUUUGUGAUCUUUUGUUAUAUUCUCUGACAGACCUUUUGCCCCGUACCGUUUGGUUUAGUUCUACUAUGAAAUUUUGUACCGGAAUCAGAAAAUUUGUUGUCAAAGACUCGGAAAUUGAAAGACUUUCCUGUAAGAUACAUAAUUUCUUUUUGGUAGUUUCCAAUAGAGACGAUUACACCAAGAAGAAAAACAUGACUGAAAAUCAUUUUGUAUCUGAUAACCUUCACAAUAAGCUUCGAAUCUGCUGUAAAAAAAAAGAGAAUACACAUCCAACUCUAUGAGAAAAAAAACUUGUGAGUUAAUUUUGUUUCUUUUAACGCAACACCAAAGAACAAACUGUGUUUCUUCCGAGCAAACUUUCGUUGCUUCACUUCCCCCCGCUAUGUAAUUUUUAUUAUUAUAAACCUACAAAACCCAAAAACCAAAUACUUUAUCUUAUAUGAGCCAAAAUUACAUCAGAAACAUAGCCAAACACUCUGUCAUUCUCCCAUGUUUCUAUGCCAGAUGAGCAGACAGCAUUCAAUACAAGUACUGACUCACUUAAACAACAAUAUCUAGUGAUGGUACUGAGAUGAAAAGAUGAGUCUAGUGACCUAGAAUGCAGAAACUUUAAACAGAGAACACAAUGACACUCACCUAAAAAAGUCAUCAAUGAGUCAAAGUAGCUUGCUUCUAAACCUCUCCUUGAGUGUGUGUGUACAAUACAAAAAUGAAAGUGUCCACCGCUUCAGCCCCCAACCUUUACCGCGCCCAUCCCAUCAACCUUUGAGCUCUUAUGCUGCAAAAAGUUGAUUAUAGGGACGACCGAAAUCAUAAUUUGCUACUACUCUAACACCACUGUGCGAGCUAACAGAAACUUUCAAAUUCAGCUUCACUAACAAGGAGAUGCCUGCGUCGCCAUUACUAUAUUACCUUAUUCUUUUUAUGCCUCUGGACGUCAUCAAGAUCAUCAUCCCCAUUGUGUUUCCUUUUCUUAUCGUGGUGUCCACUUUUUUCCUUCUUUUUGUCGCGAUCCUUGUCUUUAUCCUUAUCUUUGCUCCUAUCUUUAUGUCUGUGCUUGUGCUUCUUAUGCUCCCUAUCUUUCUCCUUGUUCCUGUCCUUGUGUUUUCUAUGCUUCCUGUCUCUAUCUUUUGACUCACUUUUCGAUUUCGACGCAAUGGUAAGUGCUCCCUUCUCUGCCUGAGGCAACUCAACAGGAGCUGUAUCAUUAAGAUCGAAAGCCUCCUUGAGUUCAUCUAGAACAAAAGGUUGGAUGCGAGCAUUUGUAUCUCGGUCCAGUGAUGCAUUAGGAAUAAGCUGAUCCAGCUGCAUCCCUUCUCCCUUUCUAAUCUCCGUGUCUCCCACCACAUUGUGAAGAUAAUGAGCAUCUGAAAGUGACUCCGGGAGUGAUCUCUUGCAAAAGAAUUCAUGGUGUGGCAACAACUUGUGUUGAGUUAUAAGAUCUCGUGCACCGCCCAAUUCUCUUGGACCUGCACAUUUGACGCUCUCUGAUUCCAUAUCUUUAUUGCACAGCGAAUUGCUAAACCAAGAUCAAGCGUUUCACAAAGCAGAUCUCACACCGCAAGCUCGCUACCGCCCAGAUAUAGAAACCCUAAUCAGCAAAAUUUGGAAAACUGGGUAGCUCUUUGGACUGCGAUUUCCCGCGUGAAUUUGUUUGGCAGUGAGACUGACGCGGGAAGGAAGUAAUCUAGGGUUUGAGAAGGAUAGGCUUCCUUCAAACAAUGAAUCACGAUUUCUUCUUCCUCCUCCUUUUCUCCCCGACGCUUCAGCAAAAUUGAUUUCUCUUUUGUUAUCCGAAGUUUGCGCGUGGGAUUCAAGCGCCUCACCAUGCGUUGACCUACAGACGAUUGGAUUUGGAGGUCCGAAUACAAAAUCAG